UGCUCUUAUGCACGCCCCUUAUGGUCCUCUUAGGAAUGUGGUGAGGUCAAUAUUAGAAAGUUUUUGGUCAAAGCUUUUGGGAUUAUGGGAAGAGACCACAGAGUCAGGUAAAGUGUUCCAAGCACUGAUGAUUCUGUUACAGAAGUCAUAUUUUCUGCAAUCUAGAUUAAAGCGGUUGACAUUAAGUUUAAAUCUAUUGGUUGCUCUUGUAUUAUUGCAAUUAAAGAAUAGAAUAGAAUAGAAUAGAAUUUUUAUUGGCCAAGUGUGAUUGGACACACGAGGAAUCUGUCUUGGUGCAUAUGCUCUCAGUGUACAUAAAAGAAAAGAUACGUUCAUCAAGGUACGACAUUUACAACACAAUUGAUGAUCAAUAUAUCAAUAUAAAUCAUAAGGAUUGCCAGCAACAAAGUUACAGUCAUACAGUCAUGAAUGGAAAGAGAUUGGUGAUGGGAACUAUGAGAAGAUUAAUAGUAGUGCAGAUUCAGUAACUAGUCUGACAGUGUUGAGGGAAUUAUUUGUUUAGCAGAGUGAUGGCGUUUGGGGAAAAAACUGUUCUUGUGUCUAGUUGUUCUGGUGUGCAGUGCUCUAUAGCGUCGUUUUGAGGGUAGGAGUUGAAACAGUUUAUGUCCAGCUGAAGCUGAAGUAUUUAGAUAUUAGUAUUAUAGAUAGAUAGAUAUAGAUAGAUAUUAGUAUUGGAUAAAAAAAUUUAUCCAAUUUUUUAAAUCUUCCACUAGUCAUUCCACUGCUUUUUUUCAAUUUUUUUUUUUUUUUGCAUAUCUCGUUCAAUUACGACAAGACAGGAUGAAUUUCCCAUAUUUAUUUUCGAAUUCCUUGUCCCUAAAUCCCAGUGAGGAUAAUUCUGCUUAGAUCAUAACAUCCGUCCGUAACAUCUGCGCCACUGUAUGAAUUUGCGCCCAUACCUUUUGCUUUUAAAAGUCUCCUCUUGUUUUUCAUCCUUCCUCGAUCCUUGAUAUUCACUGAUAAGGUUUUUGUUUUUUUUUAAAUAAUUUAACUGGUGCCACACAUUAAAAGGACGUUCCUUUUAACGAGUGGCACAUUAAAAGAAAACCCAGUUUUUCCCUUUGGGGAAAAAAAAAAUUGCCCACUGCCCCACUGCCCACCUUUGCAUCUUCAUUUCCACCUCCUCAAAGGAGAGGGUUUUCUCCCAUCCUUUGGGAAUUCCCGCCCCACCCUGCUGGAUCUCAUCCAACCGAGCUUUAGAGCUGGUUCCUUUCCAGCUGGAGUUUAUUUUUUCCCUGCAGGAAAAAAAAAAGAGAGAGAGAGAGAGAGAGAGAGAGAGGCUGUGCUUGGUAUGACGGGGGUAACUUUCUGCGCAAGGAAUGGAUGUUGAGAGUCAGAGGGUUUUUUUUUUUAACGCUUUGUGUGCGAAAGAGGGGAGGGGGGAGGGAAGCACACAUUCAGAGGGGGAGUUGGGGGAAAAAAUAGACAGUGAGAUCAUCUAAGGACGGGGGUCCUUAGCUGGGGAUUUGUUUUAUCCUCCCUCCCCAAGAAGAUACCCAGGGCCAGAACAUUGUUGGGGAGAGGGUAAUGUACCCCCCAUCUCAAGCUACCUAGCAGCUAGAAGAGAUUUCUACUGCGAAUAACGGGGGGAGCUGGAAGACGCUGCUAGCUGAGCCAAACAUCAGGGUUGUCAUCCGUUGACCCUCACCAAGAUGGCGGCCGCUUCCUCCUCCUCUUGCAACGGAGAAGAAGACGAGAGCUUGAAAGGAUGCGAGCUCUACGUUCAGAAGCACAACAUCCAGCAGAUCCUGAAAGAAUGCAUCGUGAACCUCUGCAUCGCUAAACCCGACCGGCCGAUGAAGUUCUUGCGGGAACAUUUUGAGAAACUGGAAAAGGAAGAAAGCAAACAGAUCCAGGCUUGGCAGAAAUCCAGCUCUCAGUCAGAUUCUCAUGACGAUGAAGUUUCUCCCCCGCCGCCCAACCCGGUGGUCAAAGCCCGACAUCGAAGGGGAGGGGUCAGUGCUGAGGUCUACACAGAAGAAGACGCGGUGUCUUAUGUCCGGAAGGUUAUUCCAAAGGACUAUAAGACUAUGACGGCCUUAGCCAAGGCCAUCUCAAAGAAUGUCCUCUUCGCUCACCUUGAUGACAAUGAGAGAAGUGACAUCUUUGACGCGAUGUUCCCCGUCACGCACAUUGCGGGAGAGACUGUGAUCCAACAAGGUGAUGAAGGCGACAACUUCUAUGUGAUCGAUCACGGGGAGGUGUAUGUGUACGUGAACGGGGAAUUGGUCACCAGCAUCGGAGAAGGAGGCAGCUUUGGAGAACUGGCCCUCAUUUAUGGCACACCGCGCGCCGCGACCGUCAAAGCAAAAACGGAUCUCAAACUCUGGGGAAUUGACCGCGAUAGCUACAGACGCAUCUUGAUGGGCAGCACAUUAAGAAAACGGAAAAUGUACGAAGAAUUUCUGAGCAAGGUUUCCAUUUUGGGAUCGCUGGACAAAUGGGAGCGCCUGACAGUGGCCGAUGCACUAGAGACGGUCCAGUUUGAGGAUGGCGAGAAAAUUGUGGUCCAGGGAGAGCCCGGGGACGACUUUUUCAUCAUCACAGAGGGCACGGCUUCCGUCCUUCAACGUAGAUCUGACAAAGAGGAAUAUGUAGAAGUCGGACGCCUGGGGCCAUCUGAUUAUUUUGGGGAGAUCGCCCUGUUGCUCAACAGGCCGAGGGCUGCUACUGUGGUGGCCCGCGGGCCCUUGAAGUGUGUGAAGCUGGACCGCCCCCGCUUCGAACGAGUCCUCGGCCCUUGCUCCGAAAUCCUCAAGAGGAACAUCCAGAGAUACAACAGCUUCAUCUCUCUCACUGUCUAAAGUCCUCUCAGGCUCCUCUUUGAUGUUUAAACUUGUGCACUUAAAAAAAAAAAAGAAAAGAAAAGAAAGAAAGCGAUCCGUGGUGUUUCGUAGCUUUUACGAAGGAAAGGAGAGGCACAUUUAUUUUACGCAGAUGUUUUUCGGUGUCGACGUCCAGUGUAUUAGAUAUUCAAUCGCUGUCUAUUGUUAAGAGGACCGCAGGUAGCUGGUUGUCAGUGAUUUUAUGGAAUCUUAGAUUUUAUCGUUUUGCACUUUGCGUUACAUUCCAGAUUUAUGCGUCCCUGGCUACUCCAAAUCUCUCAUCACACAAUGUAACAUUUCCAGAUCUUUGGAGAACCAGCUUGCUAUGUGCCUCAACUUUUAUUUCUCUUGGUUGUGCUGACAAGCUACAUCCAACUCUCGCUUCUCUAGAACAAUGUAGGGUAUUCAUUUUUGAACAUCUCAUCUAGCGAGACUACAUAACCCAUAUUACAAUUGGGGAUUGAUGGACACAUGGCCCCAUGUAGCAUUGCAGAACUAGCCCAUUAAGACUUCCAGACAUUGCCCCAAAUAGUCAACCUAAGGUAAAAAUGAUGACAUGCCCAACUGGGAAGAGUAAAAGGUCCUAUCAACUCAGUUGAGUUUGAACUCAAGAUGAAGUCAACACAUUUUCUUUGUUUUUGUCUUGGCACAAAGCUCCCUGUGUGCCACUCACAGGCUAUUUGAAGUCUAUUAAAAGCAAACGGUGAGCUUUGACCUGGAAGGAAUUGAGAAGCCCCGUUGGGUAUCAAGUCAUCCAUCCUCCAUCUGGUUGACAAUGACUUGAAUGAACCAUCUUGGCCACUUGAGAUACUCAGCUAGCACCAAACCAGUGUCAAAUUAGUGUCAAACAGUAUUUUUCCAACUUUUAAGAUGUGUAGGCUUCAACGUCAUGCUGGCUGAGGGAUUCUGGGAGUUGAAGUCCACACAUCUUAAAAUUGCCAAUUUGAUGAAUAUUGGCAUACCUCAAUCAAUCAGUCAAUUAAUCAAUCAAUCAACACACAUAAUGUAAAAUCUGUUUCCUGUAAAACGUAUCAGUAUUCUAUUCUCUGUGUAUUUUUUUUUAAAGAAACCUUUUCUUUGCAGUUAAUGUUUAUUUGCACCGUUCAUUUUGCUUAUCCUAUUGUGAUGCAUGGGGGAAAACAAAAUAAUUGUGACUGGAGAAAUAUGUAGUAAAUCUUUGAUCACUGCCAUAUGGUUGAGGGCCAUUGGCCUCAGGGUCUAGAGUCUAGGGUCUCAGGUCCAGGACUAGUUUUACAGAUAUUUUAAAAAAAAACCUUCUACAAAGAUGAAAGAAGGGAUAACACUAAAAUUUAUGGAAACCCGGGUUAGGUUGCACAAUCCAUGGAGAGUUGAUUCAGGCAUCCCUUCCCAAUCUUUUCAAAAUGUUCAGCUGGCUGAAGAUCUCCAGUCAUGGAACAUUUGGGUUUCCUGCCUAAGCAGGGGGUUGGACUAGAAGACCUCCCAAGGUCCCUUACAACUGACUAGGUAUCCCCAGUGGUGGGCUGCAACCAGUUUAACAACCAGUUCUGUGAGCAUGCACUUCGCUUUGAAACUCAGCUGUUUACCUUCUAAGGCAGACCCGCUAAGUAGAAUAGCGGAGGGGCAGAAAUCAGCUGUGCCGCGCAAAUCAGCUGAGCCAGAAAUAUAGGACAGGAUAGGGUGGGGGUGGGCAGGGCCAGCUGAUUGUAGGAACCACCGGUUCGCUCGAACCGGUCCGAACGGGCAGUAGCCCACCACUGGGUAUUCCUCAGCUCAAGAGAACAAUUGUCCACGAAAAGUAGAACUUUGUUCUGCAUUGGGUCUAUCCUUUCAAAUUCUUGAUCCAGUUCUGGAUAUUGCCUCCCUAUACUCCAAAAAAGACACCCACCCACCGAAAGAUUCAGAGAACCUAGAACAGGUGCAGAGAAGGGAAUGCCUAGAUGAUCAGGGGACAAGAAACAUAAGUUGACCCAGGAGGGAACUAGAUGUGUUUUUCCUUCUUGAAAAGAUAACGGGAAACAGAUGCCACGUUUCCCUGAAAAUACGCCCUACUCCGAAAGUAAGUCCUAGUUUGAUUUUUACAUGUGCGCCCAAUAUAAGCUCUAUAUCCCCCCAAAAAAUAAGCCGUAAUUAAGACCCCACCCACUCCAGGGUGCACAGGUAAAAAUUAAGCUAUUGUGAGGAUGAGGGUAUGUGGAGCUGCCCUACUGACCUUCGGACAGUUGCAGCCAGGCCUCGCGCACCCCGACACCUGCCUUGCCAGCCCAUUUCAUCUGCAGCUGGCAAGGUUGACAAAGCUUUCCCGAAAGCCUCUUUAGCCGAUAACAGAGCUCCGGAUUGAGCCGUGUCGACCUUGCCAGCCGCAGCUGAAGUUCCUGAAGGAAAUGGGACAGUGCAAAGGAGGCCGGGGGCGAUGCGCUGCAAGUAAGGUGAGUCAGUGGAUGACAUCCCUCCUGAAAAUAAGACCUGGUGCCUUUUUUGAUGGCAAAAAAACAAUAUAUAUAAGACAGGGUCUUAUUUUCAGGGAAACACGGGUAGUAACAUCUUUUAAGGAUGGAGGAGAAAGUCUACUUUCUUCCUCUGUCACCUUAGAGCAGGGAUGGCAAACCUUUUUGCCGUCAUGUGCCAAAAGCGGGAGAGUGCGGGGAUGGUGGUGUGAUGCACGCGCGUGCCCACAUCCAUAAUUCAGUGCACCGUUUUCACCCUCCCCAAGCUCCUAGAAAGGCUCUGGAGCCUGGGGAGAGUGAAAAACGGGCCUUCCCCACCCACCAACGGAGGCCCGCCGGAAGCCGGAAACAGCCUGUUUCCCGACUUCCAGUGGGCCCAGAAGUCCCGAAAAUCAGCUGGUGGACAUCAGAGCUGAACUAGAGCAACGCUCGCAUGCCCAUCGAUAUGGCUCCGUGUGCCACCUGUGGCACGCCUGCCAUAGGUUCGCCAUCACGGCCUUAAGAGCAUGGAAUCAUGAAUAAAAUUGAGAGGAGAACCACUUCCCAGUUGAACAUUAGAAGAAACUUCCUCCUAGUUGAAGAAGGGUACCCGUUGAGGAGAGAAGUGAUGGGUUCUCCUUUGCUGGGUUUCAAACAGCUCUUUCUGGACUUGUUAGUACAGAUAGGGCAUUGUCUCUUGAACAUCCGAAUGCAGUCUUGAUUGGAUAGUGCCAUAUUAUUUAUUUCACUGUGACAUGGGCCUGCCUAAUCUUUGUGGGUUGCGUCUAUUCUUUGGCCCAAAUGACCUUGUAAUUGUCAUGAUAAUUCUGAUGGGGAAGAAGCCCUUGGAAAUGAAACAGCAUUCUCUUGUCUUUGUAAGGUGACCCGAAAUGGGAACAUGAAUAAAACCCCUGGAAGUUCAGAAGUGCUCAUAUGUUUCUGUCGUGUCCCACUCCUCCGCUGACGGCCGGGUCAGGGAAAUCCGAAUCAGGUGUGCCUCUGCAGCUCUGCCAAAGUCCUAGCAAAGUCCUCAGGGCAGGCAGGAGACCAGAAAGUGACUUCAGCAAGAUAUGUUUAGACUUUGCCUGACUCAGAGAAUGCCAGAAAGUAGGUCCUUUAUAUAGGCCAUGGGGUGUGGCUCCAUGACUCAGCACUUAUCCAGGCCUGCCCCUCCCUUCCUUCUGUUGCCUCCGCCUAUCAAGUCUUCUGACGCGAGGGUCACUCCAGUCGACAGCUGUUGGCAAUUGACCUCCCUCAGGCUCACAUGCUGUGGAGGAGGGGGAGGGGUCUAGUUGUUCCGUUUGCCUGGGCAUGGAGCCAGAGCUGGGGGCUGGAGAUACUUCCUCCUCUUCAGCCUGUCUGGGCAUGGAGCCAGGGCUGGGGCCGGGAGGCAUACUAGGACAUUCCUCCGUGUUCGGAAGCAGAUAAGAAGGCCCCGGCUGUGGUGAGAUUGGACGAAACACAACAGUUUCUUCAAAUCAAGAAAUGGCCCUUAAAGGGAUUUAGGCAAUUGGGGAGGCAGAUGCUUCACUCACGGGAACAAAGAUGAGUUUAGGAAAUGUAGGUUUUUCAUUCUACGGAGUCAAAUGCAAAGCACCGUCCAAGAAAUGAGUUCUAUGUUCCAAUCUGGUUUGGUCACCAGUACCGGAGGUUUUGUCUUUCAAGCUGUUGGAUUCAUGCUGGAGCCCAUCUUCAGGGAACUUCUCUCUAUCAGAGUGUGUGUAGUUCUGUGUGUGAUAUUUAUAGAGGCUGUUUUAUGUGGCUUUUUUAGAUGUGGAUUGGAGUGCGUUGCUGUUACGUCAUUGACUGUCAUUUGCUCGUGCUGCCCAGCCCUCGCUUUUGUGGCAGCCAUCUUUAGGCUGCCUCUUCUCCUCGCCAUGGCUGAGAGGGAAAAAGAACCCUGGGUCAGACAGGAGAGCCUGUCUCGGAGCCCACAAACAGGGAGAACUCAGCAUAGGGAACACGGAGACCCGGUCCCUGGGUCUGAAAUUGCCGCGACCGCAACCCGAAAUCAGCACUCCUGUUGUCUGACAAGGGUCUGUUUCCCAAAGCUUGGAAGACAAAACCUCUGGUCCCGAUGACCGACCUAGAUUGGACCCUGCAACAUUAUCCUGAGAUACAUUAUAUAUUCGCCUAUCUGUCUGUUUGCUCAGAAGGACCUCUGGGAUGAGGGUCUGGAGGAAUAAAGUUCUAGAUGUAUCUUCAUUUGGUUAUCUGAAGCGCAUUGAUGUACACCCAUGGCCUCAUAGUUAGGAGAAACAAAAACGAAUACGGUAGUGAUUCUUCUGAACUUCUCAAGAAUGGUUGUAUAAUCAGGCUAGCUUCAUCCACCUAUCAAGUCCUUUCCAAGGACCCGGGAUAGGCAGUUGUUGACAUCUGAUGGUAUUGAAGGAAUCGUCGCAGGAUGUAAAAUUUUCUAACUCAAGUUGCCUUUUGCAAUUGACCAAGGGGCAGGUUGUCAAUGCCAACAGUGUUCAAGUGUUUGAAUAAUAAAUUAUUAUUAUGGCUUAU